CAGCAAUGACGUGCCGCUCCCACAUUCCACGCAUCUAUCGAUCUCGCGUCUAAUCGGCCUCACCACGCUCUCGCAGUCGGCGUGCGGCAACAGUGUGGACAAGUAAUAAAAAUGAAUCUUCUGCCGCUUAUGUUGCUUUUGGUUUUGGCCUGUGCCAGCGUCUGGCCGUUUCCCAUGUUGUACAAGCGUAAUCCCGACGAGAAGUACGAGGCAGAUCUAGUGCCUGUCUCCUCUACCGUCAUCCCGCUCACAGUGCUCGAGGUGAGCUACGGGGCUGGCGGCAAGCCCAGCGAGGCUUACAAGGCGGCCUAUCUGCGCAAGCUGCGCAAGCAGGUUCUCCAGCGGUCCGACAAAGGGGAGAAGGAGCUGAAUGAGGAAGUUCCCACUGUCCUGGGCUUGGCCGUAGACUCUCCAUCCUCCGAUCUAGCCGCUCCAGCCCUAAUCACAGUGAAGUCGCAGCAACUGGAGGCAGCGAGCAGGGCCAAAGUCAAGGCCGUCUGAGCAGCUACCAUGGAGGUGGACCGGACUGGUCCGGACUGUGCUGUGUGAUGUCAUGGCGUGCGUGGAAUAAACAACAGCACCAAUCUUCGCAAA